AUGCUCAGAGUCGUGCGGCUUCUCGUGUUAGUGCUGGCGGCAAAUGCAGAGUCGGAGUCGGUGGCGGACGUCGACCUGCCUGACUUGUUCCUGAUCCAGGUUGCUGCACAAACCUUUAAUGGAAGUGGACUGAAACACGCGCUCUCGACUGCCUUGCCGAACGUGUCGAGCAGCGACCGUGAGCAUUCCCUGCUACAAUCUGCGCCUCAAAACCGAAAUGGUACUGCCAAGAAGGACAAAGAGAAAGAGAGCGAUGGAAGCCAGAUUGUUCAAGAACAGCUGGGGCUGAAAGCCAACAGCGAAACAGACUCAGAAGCGUUGCGAGCUUCCUUUCUUUUCAAUAUCGGCUUGAUCUCCGCCUACUUGGUACUCUUCGUCGUGUUUCAGAGGUGGAAGCCGCUCGUCUAUCUACACAACACAACCAUUCAGAAGGCACCUGAGCCCCACCCUUCGUGGUUCGGCAUCUGGUUAAGCUCAGAGGAGGUGGAAGAGUAUGCUGGGCUGGACAGUGCAUUGAUGAUCGAGUUCUGCAACCUUGGCAUGAAAAUCUGCAUUUAUCUGGGGAUCCCCCUGACCGUGGUCUGUCUCCCGGUCUUCUACGUCAUGGGAAAGCAUCCGGGUGCCGCAGCUGCAGAGAAGCCGGAGGUCUUUGAGGUCCAAAUGCAGACAUCUGCACCAGUGCGGUGCAAUUUGUCCCUCGAAGCUCGCUGGGGGAUAUCUGCUGUCGAGGGACCAAGGAUAGGCCGUAGAGGGCGCGGUGAUGAGGAAUGUCUACCGUACUUUCCGGUUGCCCUCAUAGUCCAAAGAGGGUGGGUGGAAGAAGACAGGGAGAGAGCCCUGGUGGAAGAAAAGAAAGAGAGGAAGAGGCCGUUGGCGCAGGAGGUUUUCAGCACAAGACUUCGUAGGAAGUUCGUGGAGCGACGCGUUGCAUGGCUGCAGCAGCGCCCCAAGCCACAGUCCUCUACGCUUUUGGUCACCAAUAUUCCUCCAAGUUAUAGGUCUGAUGCCAAGCUGAAAGAAUACUUCGACUAUCUGUUCCCUGGGGGGAUAAUCGAGCGAGUGUAUAUCGUCAAGAAGCUCUCAAGCUUGGCGGCCCUGCUCGAUGAGUUCUCGAUUGCCGAACAGCGACUGCAUGAAUCGCAGUACCUUUGGUUCCUGGCAAACAAGGACCCCGACAAGCGACCAACAAUCAAAGUUCUUCAAGAUGCAGAAGCUGUGGACAGCAUCGAUCACUACACAAAGCUUGUAGAGCAUCUGCAGCGCCACAUCGAAGGUGAGAGGGACCACAUACGUCAAGCAGACAGCUUCGAUGAGGCAGAGUACAGCGGCGCAGCUGCAUUCGUGACGUUCUUGGCUUCCCGUGAUGCGGAGAUGGCUCUACGACUGCGGUUGGAACCAGAAGGCCAUCUCUUCACCAUGGAGUAUCCGCCGGUUCCAAAAGAUGUCUCGUACGAAGAUCUUCUCCGAAGCCCGUUCCAGAGGCAGAUGCUACACCUACUCGGGUAUGUCCUUAUCUUCAUGGUGUUUCUUUUCUUCUUUCCGCUGAUUGGCGCAGCCUCGUCGAUUGUCAACUUGGAGAACCUGGAGCGGAUUGAUUUCGUACAUCGCAUGAUCACGAGUUCGACCUGGGUGCAAUCUGUCAUGGAGGGAAUCUUUGCAACCUUGUUGCUUUCAGUGUUUAUGGCCUUUCUGCCAAGCACGCUGCAUGUAAUCAUUGCCAGCACCUUCACCUUCAAUUCCAGGGUGCAGAGCCAGCUUUUCCUGCAGCAGUGGUACUUCUGGUUCCAGGUCAUCUUUGUUCUCCUGGUUACAGCAAUAGGAACCUCAUUGUGGCAACGUUUCGCAGAUGUCUUGACUUCCCCGACCUCCGUGGUGCUGGAUUUGGCUGGGAGCUUGCCGAACACUUCCACCUUUUACAUGAGCUAUAUCAUCCUGCAGUGGUCGGUGUCGGUCCUGAACAUCCUUCGCUAUCAGAACUUGCUGAAAUUCUUCGCGUGGACAGCCGUCAGCGAGGAAGCGCGCGCCAAAGAGCUCUCAGAGCCGGAGGAUCCAGACUACUAUGGCAUCGGCUCUCGAAGUGCGCGUUUGAACGUGGUGCUGGCUAUUGCACUGGUCUUUAGCGUCAUGGCACCCAUGGCCCUGUGGUGCGGCUUUUUGUACUUCCUCAUCAACCGCUUUGUCUUCAGCUACCUGGUUGUCUUUGCGGAGACGACGAAGCCGGAUCUGGGAGGGUACUUUUGGGCCCAGCAGCUGCGGCACGUCCAAUUCACACUGCCGAUCUUCGUAGUCGUGAUGAGCGGAUGUCUCUGGACGAAGCCUUACGGAGGACCUGGCAUGCUUGCACUGCUGAGUCUCGUGGUCUGGGGAUGGGAAUAUUCAAGGUGGUCCGAUAUCCUGUGGGAGACCCUGUCCUUCAGAGCGGUGGUUGAGGGAUCCGAGAAGGGCUCCCAUACAUCAGACGAGGCUGAAGUCGGUAACUCCACGCAGCAGGUUCUGGGCUCGAGGGCUAACUUCAGCGAUUCCGUCUCGGAUCCUGGCAGAGAGAGCGAGAAGAGCGCGACCCAGAUCACUGUGCGCUCAGGGCAGCAGUCAAUUGUGAUCCAAGUUCGCGAUGGGAGCGAGGAGGUCAGGUUGCCUCCCAGGGCUGAAGACAAGGAGUUGGCCCUAAACAACACCUCUGCGGCACCGGUGCUGCCCGAAGUGGAGACAGCGAAGGCGGUCCCUGAACUGCCAGAGCCGUCGGCAUUGCCGCAGGACACCAGCCUCAGCCUCAGCCCUGAAGGGCCCGGGCCUUCGCUUCGAGGUGUUCAGGGAAUCCAGGGUGCACCUGAGAGAUCCUUGCCCGAAGAGGAGGCCGCCACGACAACGAAAGGUUAUUCGGCCUACGCCAAUCUGGCCUUCCGCACGCGCUAG